UUCCUGAAGGCGUUUCUAUGGUGAUAACGAGACAGACAACACGCACGAAUUAAUUCAUCUCUCUAAUGUUUUUGUCAAGCUAGAAGUAGCCUACUAAGCCAUAUAGUUAGCGUACAGUUAGUGUUAGUGUCAGUGUCCGCUUGCUUUUUUGGAACAAAUUAUGAAAAUGAUGAACAGACUCUGCUUACAGCAUCGGUGGUGGUGGUGGUGGUGUAGCCUAGGUAGGUAGAGCUAGGUAGAAAGAAAGUGGGCUAGGGAAACACACUGAUAAGUUGGCUAACGUUAAAGGAAUCGUUUCAACAUGAAGACUUACGACCGACGGAUACAAAGCGCAGAACUCACCAGUACUGGAAUCGGCCACAAAUUUGUUCACCCUCCACCUUUCCAUAAAAGUAGCAGCAGAUUGAAGGGCCCACCGCCUCUCUCACUUGACUACAGGCCUUGCAUCCCUGCCUCCUCUAUCUUCACAUCCACCUCACAUAUGGAUCACAGCAGGAAGCCACUGACUGGACCAUUGGCUGACGUUAAGUACCCCUUGGCUCCACCACACUGGAAGACUCACACAAUGACGGAUUUAAACCGGAGGAUUAAGGAUUGCUGGGCCUUACGGGUGCUUCCCAGCCCAACCAGUGAAACACGGGACCACUACAGGGGUCAGCCAGCACGCAUCAGCCCCUCUACAGCACCUAGCUAUGAGUUACUGGCCUUGUAUGGAAAGCUUGCUGCAGAUCAGACCGUGCCCCCUCCAGGUCCAGUACUCAGCACCACUCACAGAGAUUACAGGCACUUUAACAGCUUUGAACUGAACUCGUCAUACUCAGGCCAGGCCAAACCACUCCCUGAAGGACUGACCAAGAGCUCUGCCUACAGCCACAUGCCUGGCCAUAAAGCCCCGUCCACCUCUUCGUGUUACCCUCGGCUGUCACGCCGCUCUGUGGCGGUGCCGUACGGAGCCUACACUUCUCUGUACAGGGACAGUUUCACAACUCCUGCCUUGCCUCGUACCCUGUCACACCAAGUCCAGCCCCAGCAUCCGAGCACCCUCAAAUGUAUUUUAAGGUGUGCUAGGUAUGGAAACCAACAUGUGCAUGAUUUAUCUUUAACAUGAUUUAUCUUUUUUUUUUUCCUUGUUGUCUUUCAAUAGCUAUUUCUGAAAGUAUACUGAUAUAUAAAGUAGUCGAUUAUUAAAAAUUAGUAUUUUGAAUGUA